AUGCUGCUAUAUUUUGAUCGAAAUGAGUAGUCAGGCGGUGUACUUCCUCUCAUCAACAAGUUUCCUGCGUCUAACAGUUGUGCCAGAUUAACUGCCAUCAACACACAAGGGAAGUUGCACAUGCUUCUUGAGGUGGGAAAACAACCAUGAAUGACUCACAGGUCAACACCAAAAUGGACAAUGCCACCUUGGCCAUGUUUGACAACAAAUUGGCCGGUGAAAUUGUGUCAGCCAUCUAUGUCAUCGUGACCCUUGCCAACCUGAGUGGUAACGGAAUCUCUCUGUUUCUGUUACUGAUGCGCACCUCUCCGAAAACCCCCUCCAUCAUCUUUAUGAUCAACCUCACCCUCACUGACCUGAUACUGGGCACUGUGCUCCCCUUUCAGAUCGUGUACCAAAUGCAGGGCUACAACUGGACUUUGGGUACAAGCAUGUGCAAUGUACUGACAGUGGUUUUCUAUGCCAACAUGUACAGCUCCAUUUUAUUCAUGACUGCUAUUAGCGCCGACCGCUACCUGGGGAUUGUGAAACCGAUGCUCUUCAGAGAGAUGAGGAAGAGAAAAACAUAUGCAAUUGGUGCUUGUAUAUUCAUAUGGCUGCUAGUCCUUGUGAUUCUGAAUCCGCUGGAACGCAACGACCUGACAUAUGAAGUAAAGGAGCGCAAUAUCAUCACAUGUUUUGAUGUGUUGAGAAAGGACAUGCUCCCGGGCAUUGCUCACUGGGCGGGCUUCCUUUUUGGCUUGUUCAUCAUCCUCUUCCUCUGUCCGUUCAUCAUAACAGUGUAUUGCUACAUUAACAUCAUCUACGUCCUAGUCAGAAAGACCAACAGUCAUCAGAAAGACCGUGCUGUGCGGUUAGCGUGCAUCGUUCUGUUCGUGUACAUUUUUUGUUUUGCUCCCAAUAACAUAUUACUCUUGGCCCACUCAAUCGCAAGGCUGUACUACGACAAGUCUCUCUAUUUCUACUAUAAACUCUCCCUGUCUCUUAGCUGCAUUAAUAGUUGCCUAGAUCCAUUUAUUUAUUAUUUUGCAUCGAAAGAGUUUCGUCGGAAGCUGAGGCAAAUGCUGAGGUUGCAAACCCUCAGUAUGGGAGAGACGCAAAUGAUUGAGGGUCGAAGAGAAAGCUUUUUCUCUGGCCGUACAACGAACAAUGCAAAUGAAGACUGUGACAACUUUUAA